CAUUUUGAACUUAAUCAGAUGAUCAUUCCACAUCUCAGAACCUUUACUGGUCAACCCCUUGGUGUAGCGACCGACGAUGCUCUAAUUUACCGGGUGCUGAGCGACUGCGGAGACAACUCGACGGCAAUGAUGCACAUAGCAUCAUGCAUGAAUUCGUUGAACAAUACAACGCAAUCAGACGCUCUUGAGAGACUCAAAACUCUUCGAGAUCUUACAUGGACCCUGGUAGCGACAGGUCGCAAUCAUGAAGGCGUAGAAACAGGAAAGGAAGCUGUGGAACUUUGUAUGAAAUCCCUUGGAAGAGGCGACUUGUUGACUUUGACGUCAAAGCUCAACCUAGCCGCAGCUUAUAGGUCUGUAGGACAAUAUCAAGAUGCCCGGAAAAUCGAUGAAGAAGUAUCAGACGAAAGCAGAAAGGAACUGGGAAUAAGACAUGCAGAAACAUUAACAGCAAUGAACUGUCUGUCGCAAGACUACAUUCAUCUAGGAGAAUACAAAAAGGCUCAGGAGCUGGGUCAAGAGAUAUUGCCAUUGUGCAAUAGUGUAUUGGGACCCGAACACCCGAACACUCUGACUUUAAUGAAUAGUCUGGCUUGGAGCUACAAUCGCUUGGGAGAAUAUGAGAAGUCUCGAAAGUUGAACGAAGAGACGUUGACAUUACGCAAGGCGGUAUUAGGACCAGAACACCCAGACACUCUGACUUCAAUGAGUGAUCUGACUUUGGAUUACAGUCUCUUGCGAGAAUACGAGAAGUCUCAAAAGUUGAACGAAGAGACGUUAGCAUUGCGCAAGACGGUAUUAGGACCAGAACACCCAGACACUCUGGCUUCAAUGAGUAAUCUGGCUUUGGAUUACAGUGACUUGGGAGAAUACGAGAA